GCACAGCUUCACAGUCUGUCAACGCCGUUCCAAAUUCAAACGUCCGUCAAUACUCCAGCCAGUGUUAUGUGUUUUUAAACUAUCAUAGACAACUUUUUUUUUAUCUUAUAAAACCGGAACCUUUUUAGUGUUAUGUGCUAGCUUUUUUUUAUAAUGGAGGGGCGGAGGUCUUGGGAAGGAGUGCCUCUGGGCGAGUCGCACUCUCCUCCGCAGUCGGUGCCGGGGAGACGGACGCCGCUGGGUGCUGUCGGCCUCGGCGGCUUCUACAUGCAAGGAGGCCAGCCUCCGCCUCCGCAACACUGCUAUCCCACAGAUGAAAACCAGCCGGAACCCGGGACGAGCUAUGGUCAAAGACCAAUCGGAGAUGGAAAAUCGAAACAGAAAAUGCGACAAGGCAAAAAUGUCCGACUGAACAUAAACGCACGGGAACGAAGAAGAAUGCAUGAUUUAAACGAUGCCCUAGAUGAGCUACGGAGUGUUAUACCAUACGCCCAUUCACCUUCUGUGAGGAAGCUGUCCAAAAUAGCAACACUGCUUUUAGCCAAAAACUAUAUCCUUAUGCAAGCCAGCGCACUUGAGGAACUAAGGAGGUUAGUAGCGUACUUACAAGGCACGGCAACAGCCGCCGGCAUAGUGCCGCCUCCAGGGUUCGACCUGGCUGGUCUGCCGGCCGCUGCGAAGCUCCUUCAGCCGCCCACUGCGGGACCGCCCGCCCCGCCAGACCCUCCGUCUUGAGAUCCGACCGUUAAGAGUGAACCGUAGAAAUAACCAAUUAAACUCUGGACAAACAUAAAGCGUGACGACGGCAAUGCGAUAGAACGUAACACUAAUCACAUGUAAAAAAUUCUAAAAAUUCUUAAUGUAACAUUAUUUUAUUUCAUGUAGACCAAUUGUGGCAAUUUUACUCUACUUGAAAAAGUAUUUUACCAAAAAGAGUCUAGCAAGAAACUUAGCAGUUUUAGGCACUCCGAACCAGUGGUAAAUUCACUUAACAAAUUCGAAAACACUUUAAUUAUUUAAAUAUCUAUCUAGCAAUUAAGAAUUUUAUUUAACACAGAAAGUUAUAACUAUCAUAUGCUUAGAAAAUGUCCUCCAAGCUCUAUUAGCUAAACUGAGUUACAGGUUUAAAAAUCCAAUCGUUAUUUGAAGUUAAUGAAAGCCUUAAUGAAGCCUAUGAAAAAAUUGAAUUUUCGUUUAGAUUUUACAUAAUGGAAUGUUUCUUGAUUUAAAUAUUUUUCUUAAAAGUUGUGUGUUAAACAUAUCGCUCUACACGCUGUCGUCUCGCAUUUUGUUUGCCCAAUCCUUAAGCUAAUAAGUAUUAGGUAAGUCAAUACUUAAAAAUUCUCAAAUAUUAAUAUAACUAGCUAGGUAGAGCUGUAUUAAAGAGUAGAAAUUACAGGAUCAUACGAUUAUUUUUAAUUUCUAGUAAGUAUGUAUAAUAAUAUUAAAAUUAUUUAUAACCUGCCGAAACUCGUCAAUUCAAUGUCUAUUAGAUUUUAGAAUGCUAUGUAAUACCUAAUUAGGUAUGAAAUGCUAUUAAUAAUAUUAAUUAGACUUUAGUUCUUUCAAAUAAAAUAUUUUUAGUUACAAAUAUAUUUUACUAAUUAGUAGAAAGUCGUACUUUGUACAGAAGCAGAAAAUACAAAUAUUUUUAAAUAUUGAAGGCACAUUAGCGCAAAGUUGGAUUCGCAUGUUUUCUAAAAUAUUUCAAAGUACCUAUACUUCACUA